AUGCCUGGACACUUGGGUCAAAAGGUCCUCAAGAGCCUGGGACUAAAGGAUCAUCAUGCCCAUCAGCAAGAUCCCCCGAGCGUUCAGCUUCCAGGCAGACCAGCCGUGAGCAACGACGAACGUGGAUUGUCUUCACCUCCGAACAAGGGCACAUACCCUCGCCUCUGCAAGCUCUCAGAUGGCACCAUUCUCUCAUCCUUCACCCAGUUCCCCGAUGGACAGCACGCACUCCGCGUGGCGAAAAGUACCGAUAACGGCCGCACAUUCGAAGACUUCUCCGAGGUAACCCGUGCUUCUGGCGACGUUGAUAACAUGUUCUUGUGCGAGGUGACACCGGGGACGAUAUUAGCGGCUUUCCGCAAUCAUGACAAGGGUCCAAAUGGCCCCACCCACUUCCGUAUCACUGUCUGCCGGUCUACGGAUGGAGGUCGGGUCUGGCAAUUCGCCUCGCAAGCAGCCGAGAAGCGCCCCCCUUUAGGAAUCUGGGAACCCUUCAUGCGCGUCGGGCGCCAAGGUGAAGUGCAACUUUAUUUUUCGCAGGAAUUCGCCCAUAACAACCAAUGUACCAUGCUGGUCGUCUCGCGGGACCAAGGAAGUACCUGGACUUCACCGGUCUGUCUGCAUGGUGAUCAAGAUCCGCUUCGCGAUGGCAUGUGUGGUAUCGCACGAACUGUGGAUAACGGUCGCGAGGCUCUUCUCAUGGUAUUUGAGACCACACGGUACGGACCGUUCAGUGUCGAAUCGCUUCUAUCAUAUGAUGACGGUGCCACCUGGGGUUGGCGCCAGGAAGUUUUCCGCCCACGGAAGGGUCACAAUGCGGGCUCCCCCCAGAUUGCCUCGUUUGCGGAUGGAUCUUUGGCCACGGUUUUCAUGACAGACGAUGACUCGGAGCACGUGAGUUGGGUAAAGAAUGCCUCUAUCAAGGUCGUCUUUGCUGGCCCGCCCGUUGAUGGGCGUGUUCAAUGGAGUUCGCCAACCCUGAUCUCCCCAGCUUCUAGUUUCUGGCCUGGAAUUAUGACGUUAGAUGGCCACAACGUACUAGCCACUUAUGACCGAGGUGGGCCCCUUGUGAAGACCAUCACUUGGCACCCUUUGUAG